GUACUUACCAGCAGCAGCAGUGAAGUAGACAGGAGAUGAGUGAAGGAAGGCUCUGAGCGCCUGCUCCUGCAAAGACAGCAGCUGUGAUGGGCAGACCUCAAAAUAAUCUGGUUGGGAUGCUUUCACAGUAUGAGCCUCUGCUCUGAACAGACAAUACCACCACCUGGAUAUCUGGAUAUCAGAUCACGGAUGAUCAUGCCUCAUGGAACCCUGAAUUUUUACUGAGCAACAUUGGUGCAUUGGGUUAAAAGAGCACACUGGGACACUUAUUUGCUCAAAAAAAUUCUCAGAUGGAUUAUGGGAAUCUAUAGCUGAAUGGAAAGGACAAGUAACACUCCACCAGGGCUGCUCCGGCCACCCACUGUGAUUGGUCAAUUCCACACCCUGUUCUUUGGAUCCGUGCGUAUGUUUUUCCUGGGGGUUCUGGGAUUUGCAGUCUACGGCAAUGAGGCUCUUCACUUUAGCUGUCUCCCUGACCGGAGGGACCUAAAUGUCUUCUGUUACAACCAGUUUCGACCAGUAACACCUCAGGUAUUCUGGGCCUUACAGCUUGUAACAGUCCUUGUACCAGGGGCUGUGUUCCAUCUUUAUGCAGCAUGUAAAAAUGUGGACCAGGAGGACAUCCUUGAGCAACCUAUCAACACAGUCUUUUAUAUAAUCUCUGUGCUUUUGAGGAUGAUCCUGGAGGUGGCAGCAUUUUGGUUGCAGAGCCAUCUCUUUGGAUUUCUAGUUCAACCCGUGUUCAUGUGUGAUGCCAGCUCACUGGAAAAGGCCUUUAACUUCACCAAGUGUAUGGUUCCAGAGUACUUUGAAAAGACGAUCUUCCUCAGUGCAAUGUACGUAUUCACCAUCAUCACUGUGCUUUUGUGUAUUGCUGAGAUUUUUGAAAUUCUUCGCAGAAGGGUGUGUUAUUUGGGCACACAAUGACAGCUUUAUAAUUUCUUGUAAGUGUUCAUGCAAAACGUCUUUGAAAAAUUUGUUUUUCAUAUUUUAAUGAUUUUUAAACAUCCAUCCAACAGCUGUUUUAUAAUGUGCCUUUUAAAAUAUUAGGCAGUUAAUCUCAGGUAGAAUGGAAUAUGACUGAAAUGUACUUAACAAGGGUCUACAAUUGAAGUUACACAAUACUAAUACAUUUUAAACUAUGUUCUCAUGUAGGUUUUUCUCCACAUUCUCUUGUACUGACAGAAUCACAUAGAAGUAUAUCCUUGUCCUUUCUGACCUACAUAUAAAUGUAUGGAAGUAUACAAGUGAUUUUUAUAGUUUGAUAAAUAUUAUACAAUAAAGCAUUUUAGCCAGCAAAGAACACAAAACAGUAUGUUUAC